AACAAUACCAAAUUUUCCUUUCAUUUCUAAUCAAAGUAAAAAAAAUUAUUGUUUUUUUUUCUCCUUCAGAUCAUCUUCUUCAAAACUUGUUUGCAAGCUAUAUUCCUCCUCUUGUAUAAUUUCUACAUUCUCUUCAAUUCUUCAUCAAAUUAGAAAUUGUUCUUCAACUUUUUCCCUUUUGAUUUCUACGGCUAGGAUUCAUAUUACAUAUAUUGGUGGUCCCUCAAUUCUAUAUCAUUUUUGUAUUUAUGCAAAUUUGACUGUUUGUUAUUCGUACAUUUUCUGUUUGUUCUUGUUCUGGGAUUUUUAUCUUUCUAAUUUGGCUUUGUUGGAUGAUCUAUAAAAAAAAGUUAGUUAUCUAGUAUCUCAUUAUCUUCAAAAUGGGGUCAUCAUGCAUGCACAUGUAUAGAUAUCACCAAUAAUUUUCUAUUCAUUUUAUACUUGAUCCCCCUUAUUAUAUUAUAGUUUUAUAAAGUUGAGGUCAAAGUUUGAUUGGAAGGAAAAGAAAAUGGAAGGAGAAAAUGGGUUGGAUUAUGUGAAAAAGCCAUUGUUGAAACAAGAACAACAUCAAGAAUGUAUGAUCAAGAAUAAUGUGAAUGGAGGAGAUCAUAUAUCACGUCAUCGAUACUCUUUUACAAGUUUGAAAAACGACUUCUUCUCUAAAUUGCCUCUAAAAGUUCAGCCUGCAAUUGAUCCAGAGUCCCCUUUUGAUCUAAACCUUUCUAGAACAUCUGGCUUGAUUGAAGCUGAAAAGGAAUACUAUGAAAAACAAGUUGCAACAUUGAAAUCUUUCGAGGAGGUUGAUGCUUUGGAAUUACCCCUUGACAUUGACGACGAAGAAGAAGGUAAUGAACAAGCACAACAUGAGAGAGCAAUGAACAUAUCCAACGGGGCCAAUAUUGUGUUGCUUGUCUUAAAGAUAUAUGCAACUAUAAGAAGUGGAUCUAUUGCUAUAGCAGCAUCAACACUCGACUCGUUGUUAGAUCUCAUGGCUGGUGGAAUUCUUUGGUUCACGCAUUUGUCAAUGAAGAACAUCAAUAUAUACCAGUACCCUAUAGGCAAACUAAGGGUUCAACCUGUAGGAAUUGUGAUAUUUGCGGCUGUCAUGGCCACGCUUGGGUUUCAAGUGUUGAUUGAAGCAGUUGAACAACUAAUAAAAAACGAAAUUUCUCCAAAGAUGACACAUGAGCAACUUCUCUGGCUAUAUUCUAUCAUGCUUACUGCCACAGUUGUAAAGCUUGCACUUUGGAUUUACUGCAGAAGUUCAGGAAACAGGAUCGUUCGUGCAUACGCAAAGGAUCAUUACUUCGAUGUGGUGACAAAUGUUGUUGGAUUAAUUGCUGCUGUUCUUGGUGACAGAUAUUAUUGGUGGAUUGAUCCUACUGGUGCUAUUGCUCUAGCAAUUUAUACAAUUUCAAAUUGGUCAGGAACAGUAUUGGAAAAUGCAGUUUCUCUGGUGGGACAAGCAGCUCCCCCGGAAGUCCUUCAAAAACUCACAUACCUUGUUAUACGGCAUCAUCUCCAAAUCAAACGCGUUGAUACAGUCCGAGCAUACACCUUUGGUGCUCUAUACUUUGUUGAGGUUGACAUCGAGCUGCCGGAAGAUUUGCCUUUGAAAGAAGCCCACGCAAUUGGAGAGUCAUUGCAGAUAAAGAUUGAGAAGCUCCCUGAAGUUGAACGAGCAUUUGUGCAUCUAGAUUUCGAGUGUGAUCACAAACCUGAGCAUUCAGUUCUAAGCAAAUUACCCAACAGUCAGCCUUGAUAACUUUUAGAUAAUGGAUAAACUGUUUUGUGUGGGAUAGUGAAAUAGAUAGACAUCUUUUUGACCCUCAGUUGAUAAUUGAUGAUCAUCAAUUCACCAUAUAUAAGUAUAUAACCAUAACUUGUUCACUUAAUAUAUAAAAGGAUGAUUAAAGGAAUGUCAAAAAGUUCCUUGCAAGUUUAUGGUAUGGCUUUUGGACGAAAAGGGAUCCGAUCAUUUAUUCAUAAUCUCAAUAUGUGACUUUAUCCAUAAUGUCAUAAUUGUAUCUAUGCAACAACUCUGGGCAUCACUAAAGCCCAAAAGGCCAAAACUAUCAUUUUGUUA